UCUGACUUGUGUAGUACUCCCUUUGUGUUUUACCAUUCCAAGUUUUUGAUAUCACCUCUGCAGUCACCGUCUGCUUUGCUAGGGUCACGUGAUCAAUGACGGCUUUGGUCAGCCAUGGCUGUCGUGUCAUGGAAGGAGAUUUUACUUUUGACUGGAAUGGUGGUGGGAUGUUACUGGAACAGUCUGUCAUGUGGCUUCGUGUUUGAUGAUGUCUCAGCAAUCCUUGACAAUAAGGACCUACGGCCCUCAACUCCUCUCCGCAACCUAUUCCUCAAUGACUUCUGGGGAACACCCAUGGCUGAGGAGCGGAGCCAUAAAUCUUACCGACCCUUGACCGUACUCACCUUCCGACUGAACUACCUCUUCAGUGAGCUGAGCGCUGCCUCCUACCAUCUUCUCAAUGUGGUUUUACACGCCGUAGUAUGUGUGCUUUUCCUGCGAGUGUGCCGUUUGUUCCUGGACAAGAAUUUCAGCUUGGUGGCAGCAUUAUUGUUUGCUGUGCACCCCAUCCACACUGAAGCUGUCACAGGUGUGGUUGGCAGAGCUGAACUCCUUUCUUCAAUCUUCCUCCUGGCUGCUUUCCUGGCCUACACCAAAUCAACAGGUUCAGACCACUCCAUCGUUUGGGCUCCCAUCGCUCUGACAGUCAUUCUAGUGGCUGCAGCAACACUGUGUAAGGAACAGGGAAUCACUGUCGUCGGCAUCUGCUGCAUCCAUGAGGUUUUUGUUGCACAAGGGUUUACCUUGCCAAUGCUGUUGGACACACUGCGGCAAGUCAUGCAGGGUAAAGACGGUUUCCCCUACGCCGUCCUUCAAACGCUGCUGAAACUUAUUGUCCUCGUCAUCAGCACCCUGCUGCUUGUCAUCAUCAGGGUCCAAGUCAUUCAGUCCCAGCUUCCUGUCUUUACCAGAUUUGAUAACCCCGCAGCAGUCAGCCCUACUCCCGCUAGACAACUCACAUUCAACUAUCUGCUUCCUGUGAACGCAUGGCUUCUGCUGAAUCCCUCUGAGCUGUGCUGUGACUGGACGAUGGGCACCAUCCCUUUGGUGGAGUCACCUCUCGACCACCGUAACCUAGCGACCCUGGUGUUCUACACUUUUCUGGGCCUGCUAGCUUACCACAGCCUGUGCUACAGACACAGCUCUGCCAAGACCGUCAUCAUGGCUCUUUCUUUGAUCGUCCUGCCUUUUAUUCCUGCAUCCAACCUCUUCUUCCCUGUGGGCUUUGUUGUGGCAGAGAGAGUGCUUUACGUGCCCAGUAUGGGCUUCUGUGUUCUCGUUGCACAUGGAUUCAAGAUUGUUUCACAUAAAGGACACAUGAAGAAGAUUUCCUGGUUGGUGAUUGGAGUGCUGUUAAUUACACAUGCAGUGAAAACUUUCAACAGGAAUUGGGACUGGGAGUCAGAGUAUACUCUGUUUACCUCCGCACUUAAGGUCAACAAGAACAACGCCAAAUUGUGGAAUAAUGUUGGCCAUGCUCUAGAGAACCAAAACAAUUAUGCGAAGGCCCUGCGAUAUUUCCUCCAGGCCACCCGCGUUCAGCCAGAUGACAUCGGGGCGCACAUGAAUGUCGGAAGAACCUACAAGAACUUGAACAAGUCCAAAGAGGCCGAAGAUGCCUACUUAGUUGCCAAAUCCCUCAUGCCACAGGUUAUUCCUGGUAAGAAGUAUGCGACACGUGUGGCCCCUAACCAUCUGAACGUUUACAUAAACCUGGCCAAUCUGAUCCGGGCAAAUGAAUCACGGCUGGAAGAGGCCGACCAGCUCUACCGGCAAGCAAUUAGCAUGAGACCAGACUUCAAACAAGCUUACAUCAGCAGAGGGGAGCUGCUGUUGAAGAUGAACAAGCUCACAGAGGCCCGAGACGCCUAUCUCCGAGCCUUGGAGCUCGACCGCACCAACGCCGACCUUUGGUACAACCUAGCUAUCGUCUACAUCGAGAUGAAGGAGCCGUCGGAGGCCCUGAAGAACUUCAACCACGCCCUGGAGCUCAACCCUCGCCACAAGCUGGCACUUUUCAACUCGGCGCUUCUCAUGCAGGAGUCCGGUGAGCCCAAGUUCUGGCCUGAGGCCAACCGUCGUUUCCUGACCUAUGUGGAGGAGGAACCCGAAGAUGCCAACGGCUACUUUAACCUCGGCAUGCUAGCCAUGGACGCCAAUGAAAAUACAGCAGCGGAGCGCUGGAUGCGUAAAGCCAUCGGUUUGCAGGCUGGCUUCCGCAGUGCCUUGUUCAACCUGGCAUUGCUUUACUCUCAGUCCAAACGGGAGAUAGACGCGCUACCUGUGUUGGAUGAGCUGCUGCGCCACCACCCAGAGCACAUCAAGGGUCUAAUCCUAAAGGGUGACAUCCUCAUGAACCACAAGAAGGACACCCGCGGUGCUAAAGUCUGCUUCGAGCGCAUUUUGCGCAUGGACCCCACCAAUGUGCAAGGCAAGCACAACUUGUGUGUGGUCUACUUCGAGGAGCGCGACCUGCCGCGGGCCGAGCGCUGCCUGGAGGAGACCUUGGCCCUGGCUCCAAACGAGGAGUACGUGCGUCGCCACUUGAGCAUCGUACGAAGUAAAAUGGCCGCAAUGAGCGCGGCAGGGCAACCGCUUACUUCAGCAGAGGGAGCCACCACAUCAGCUAAGAAGGAAAAGCCGAAGAGAGUUAAGGAAGGGGCAGAGGAGGUUGCUGAGGGUGAGGAGGAAGGGAGGGGUGCUGAUGCUGUUGGAAAGGGGGCUGGGGAUGAGAAGAAUGUGCGGAAAUCCUCUGCAGAAAGCCUUGGAGGUGUAGGCGUGGACCAAUCAGAGUCUUUGGACAGUAGCCAGUCUGACAAGCGGACUAAGGGUAAGUCCACUAAAGAGAUUAAAGAUAUAGAGAAAAAAAGAGCAGCGGCCUUGAAGAGACUAGAGGAGAUUGAACGCAUAUUAAGUGGUGAUUGAAAGUGUUGUAAUUUAUAGCCUGGACUACUUUUAUAGAGCUCUUUAUUGCUACAGGAUAAGACUGCAUUUUUUUCCCCCCAUAGAAAUGUGUAUUCUUAAUCAAUUGCCAUUUUAUUUCUUUGAUUUAAUGAUGUUUGCAGGCCUCUCAGCAUGGUCCUGUUGUUUUAACACUAAUCAUGUAAAGAAGGGAAAUGUUGAUCUGCACAUGGAACUCAUGUAACAAUAAGCACAAAGCCAAUUUGGGAUAAUCUAUUUAAAGCUUAUGGCAGAUGUAGAUGCCAAUGUGUGUGCUUCAUCUGAAUGUGAUUUCACAUAUCAUAGAUCUGUAGUGGUUAUAAAUAUGUGUUUAGUUUUUUCCAUGAGUAGUUAUUGUUUAUCACUGGAUUUUUUUUAAUUUUUUUUUUUUUCACUAAGAUGUGACUCACUCCUGUGUGUAUUGUUUUUAUAAAUAGAAUGAUUGUAUCACGGACAAUUAAAGGAAAUGACGUGUUCUUCACAUUUCCUUAAGGCAGGAUAAUAUCUGUGGAGUUUGAGCCUCAAAAUAACCCACACAGAGAGCAAAAUAUCCCUCCACGCUACAUCAACAUCAGGGCUUAUGUUCCAGAGCAGCAAUGUGUGCUGAUCUUUAUUGAUCUCACUCACCACUUCCUGUGACUACAUCAUCAGCCUCAGCUGCUUUCACCUCACAAUUUCAUUGUGGUCCCAUACCCCCCCCUCCUCACAGCUCCUUGUCUGUCUCCCAUCCUUUAGACACUACAGCGCCAUUUAGAGAUGACUGUUUUUCCUGCUUUUCUUGGUAAACUGGCCCGUACACAUCGCUUUGUCCUGGGCAACACCCGUUUUAUGUGACGGUCAACAAUGACGCAUGUUCAUCCUCAGCAUCAGACUUCAUCAUGUGUUCUUCAUUUUCCAAAGUCCCUUCCACUUCACAGGGGGAAUUUUCACAGCCUAUUUGCAGAAAACAGUUCUCCUCCUUCAUCCUGUUCCACAGUAAUGAUAUUGUUUUAGCUUACUGGCAUUAAAAUAUUAUUGGGAUGUUCCACAUUUCAAAGUUUUUGUUAGUAGCCUUUGUUUUCACUUUCUUCAGCAUUCACAGCUAUGAUCUCUCUGUAGUUACUACCGACAUAUAGAGCUCCUCUGGGCAAGUACACAAAUUAUAAUAUGGGGAGGAAAAAGAAUCAGAAAUGCACAAAUCGUGCUGCUUCUAUAUCCUCCGGCCGCCUUCUUCAGUUACUGCAGCGCUGUAAAACUCAGCGCCUGGUUGGCUGCUCUCCAACAGAUCUGAUGAUUUAAAGUCAUCUGCACUGAUUUAGAGCACUCAAAGAAAUAAGAGGCAGACAACCGAUCAUCAAAAUGACACUUUUUGUUACAGCACGAACGGUUAACAGCGUAGCCUCGACGGGAGUCCUGAUAGUCCUGAUGAACUAAACACGAGCAGACGUGAUGGUAGCUGUGAGGCGGGUCACUAGUGUUUGAUUCAUCGGACUCAUUGCAAAGAAAAUUAAGAAGAACUGUUCAUGCGAGCUAAUGUUAAUGUCUUCACAGCUCUCAGUGUUCCUGUUUUCCCUUCACGGUGCAAUAAUUAGUUACAGAACAAUAACCCUGCUCAGUGCAAUUAUUAAUAGUGGAAUUAAGAAAAGACUGUAUACUGUAAGUGUAAGAGCACUGUGGUGGUACUAAGGAGCCUUGCUAUGCAUUGAUGCCCUGAAAAAAAUCUAUGUACAUAUAUUUACACUGUACUCGUAUCCAGUGUUAUUUAUUAUUUUUAUAUGCACUGCAAAUGCUGUAGAUGUUUUUGAUUACCACUGACAUUAUGCUUUAAAUUCAUGGUGCAUUGUUUUGUUUCCUACUAAUUUUCAAUAUGUGUACUGUCACUUGUAAGACAACAGAGCCCAUGUCAGUGUUUAAACAUGUACUGUAUGAAAUAAUCAAAUCGUCUGCCCCAAAAUAUAGGUACAGUUUUGAAUGAGGAAGCAUCCAGUUCGCAACAUUUUCUGUUUUGCUGAGUGACUGAUUUUUGUACGAUUUAAGAUUUUUUUAUGCAAUAGCCCUUGGUGGUGGGGGUCUAGGUUAUUAAAUAAAGUGAGAUGACAACUCA